AUGGCUGCUCCCGUCUCUGUUUCAGCUUCAACAAUUGAGCCUGGACACCUCGUUGGUGCAUACAAGCUCACUAGAGAGAUCGGAAAAGGCUCUUUUGCAGUCGUAUAUCUAGGUAAAGUACAACGAGCAAUAUCAAGAGAAGAUGAAUCCAGUUCAUCCAGAUCUCCUUCGAGUCCUGUAACGAGAGUGGCGAUCAAGGUAGUGACAAGGAAAAAGAUGACAGCUAAAUUAUUAGAUAAUUUAGAAGAAGAAAUUCGCAUCUUACGCACGGUUCGACAUGCAAACAUUGUCGAACUUUUGGAUUGUUUAAAGACCGAGCAUCAUAUUUACUUGGUCAUGCAAUAUUGUAGAAUGGGUGACCUGAGCAUCUUUAUCAAAUCAAGGAAGCGUAAUGGACAUUCAUCAUCAUCCUCAAAAAGAAGUGCACCUGAACAAAGAAGAGAUCCAUACGAAGAAGAGAUUGACAAACGAUACGUCCAUCCACAUAACGGAGGCUUGCAUGCCGAUCUAGUCCGAAGCUUUUUGGCCCAAUUGGCAGCCGCACUCCAGUUCAUGCGUGGAAAGAAUAUCGUUCAUCGUGAUAUCAAACCACAAAAUCUUUUAUUGCAAGAACCCGAACAAGAUCUGAUUGAUGCAGGUCAUGCUGCAUUCAUUCCUCAACUUAAAGUGGCAGACUUUGGCUUUGCAAGACAUCUCGAAGAAGCAUCAGUGGCGGAAACGUUGUGUGGUUCGCCUUUGUACAUGGCUCCUGAAAUUCUCCGAUACGAAAAGUACAAUGCAAAAGCGGAUCUCUGGAGUGUAGGAGCUGUCUUAUUCGAGAUGAGUGUUGGCUCACCGCCAUUCAAAGCAGCAAAUCAUGUGGAAUUGCUAAAGCGGAUCGAUCGAGGCGAAGAUAGGAUCAAGUUCCCGGACGAAAAGAGCGAAGAUGCACUUCGUCGGGAACAUGCAAGAAAAGUGGAAGAAGGAAGGACUAAGUCUGAAUUUGUUCGACCACAUCCUGUGGAUGAAGAUAUCAAGAAAUUGAUUCGUGAUCUUUUACGUAGGAGACCGAUCGAGCGUCUUUCAUUCGAAGACUUUUUCAAUUGUGACGUACUUUCUGCUUACAAGGCAAGCAUGAUUCCAUCCCUCCCGCAAAGCUCAACGCAAACAUCUACAUCUUCUCUGAUCAAUGGACAAGUGCCUGUCGCAACUCGUAUCGCACCUGCUGUUCCUUCUAGCGCUCCUUUAAGCAAUCCUGCGCGGACUGAAGAUAAACAAAGACAAUCGAAACAAGCAAAUGAAAACGUUCCGGAUAGUACAGAUACAGGAGCAAGUACUCCUCCCCCUGCCUCGCCAGCGCCGGUGUUGAAUAUGCCACAACACUACUUUGGCUCGAAAUACGUUGUCGGUGGGCUGAAAUCUUUGGAAGACAACGUUCUAGAAACGCCUGGCUCUAGCGUCUCACAUCUGCCUGCCGCUGUCGGACAAACGAAACCAUCUACAACUCCAAUCGUGACAGUCGGUGCUUCAAAGAUGAGUAAGGAACCUAUCAAGCGUUCUGGAACAAAUGAUGAUGAUCGAGGAUAUGUAUUGGUUGAUAAGCGUAAUGUUGAAGGAGCAGAAGAAGCUGCAAGUCAAGCCAAAGCAAAGGGGGGCCCAUCGAGUGGCGGAUGGAGUCCUUUGGGCGUUGUGCGAAGGCCAUCGCAGCUUGGCAGACUGACAAGCUUUGGAGCUAUAUCGCCUUUAGUCCAGGCAGCUACACCCAAAGCAGUCCCUGUCGUCCAAGCAAACAAACCGGUAAACAAGGAAACGAACUCCAGCUAUUCGUCCUCGCCAAUCUUGAACAGGCUAGGUAGCACACCACCCAAUGCUCCUUUCGCACUUCCUCCGAAUGCACGCAAACCUUCGUUCUCACGACGUGCGAGUGGUGCCAGCGAAGCAUCUCGCUUAUCAACAAUGCGACCACCUCAAUCUCCCAGACCUGCUUUAGCACAAUUAAUUCCUGCUUCUUCAAGCAGAACGGCAAUCAAUCCGGCAAAUGGACAAAUGCAACAAUCGAAUGAAUCACCUAAUCCAUCAACGUCUUCUUCGCUUGGUCCGACCCAACAGCCGACAUCUGCUCUGGCUCGGGCAAUAAGUAUGGCGUCCAUUCGAUUAUUCGGUGUGCCAACGGGGAUGGCAUUGAAAGGAGCAGAAGUACGUAAAUCGUUAAGGAUGGUGGCAGGUUAUUCUUCUGGAAAUGCAACGGUUGAUAUCGCCGAACAGAAUUUGUUGUGUCUCUUGCACGAAUAUGGUCAUAAGAGUUACGUCUUGACAGAAUUUGCAGAUGCUCGCUUGAGUACGUUCUUUGCGUACGGACCUCAUCAAAACAAUUACACGGACAGAAGACGUAAUUCGGGCAGCAGUCUUUCUAGCGCAACGAGUGGAACCGCUGAAGAAGAUUCUACCACAGACACCCUUCCAUCUUCUAAUCAAGAUGAAAGUCAGGCCACUCCAGGUGAAAUUGCGGCUUCGGAAGCGUACGUUCUUUAUGUACGUAGUUUGAGCUUCGUGCAAAGAGCAAUUCAAGCAGCAGAAGAUUUUAUCGAAUCACGUUCACAAAGUGCUAGUCGUUACUCAAGCCCGUCUGUAGGUUCACCAAGUCAAGUGGUGAUCAAUUCACUUUUGGCGCUACGAUCAAAGUUUCACGAAGGCAGUGAAAGGGCAAGUUUUGCACGAUCGAAAUCUAUUGAAGAAUUUCCGGAAUCCGUUCAACAAAUUGAUGAAUUAAUCUUUAGUGAAGCUUUACGGAUCGCAAGAAAAGGUGCUUUGACCGAAUUAUCAAUCGAACGUACAGGUGACUCUAAACCGGUCGCCGAUCAAUGUUUAUUGCAUUAUGGUGCUGCUUGUACAAUGUUACAGGGUUUACUUGAUCCUGCUGAACAAGCAGACGAAUUGCCAUCGUUUGCAGUUAAUUGCGUCGAGAGAUUCAUUGGCUCGAUCACACGCAGGAUGGCAUGCAUUCAAGAAAAUUACGACAAUCUUUCGGCACUUAUCAUUUGA